AUGGUCCCAGGCAGGGGGCUACCUUUAUCAGCCACAUGGGCGUUUUGGUUCACAUGCAGCGUGUGCAGCUGGGGCCAGGAAGAAGUGUUCUCUUACGUUGACGACGUCCUGUACCAGCAGGCCUACCUGCCCGCGGCGGCGACCGUGGUGCCGGAGGUCCCCGAACGUACGGAUGUGUCAGAGACCCCUCUGACGCUCGAGCAUGGGCGGAGGAACGACCCGCACGGACGGUCGCAGCUGCUGAACACGGCGGGCAUGUCGUCGUCCGACAUGCAGCAGAUGCUCGCCGGCUCCCCCCAGUGCUCGUCGCAGCAGGUCGUCGACGGGUGCUGCGCGCCGAUCGGUGAGAGCCACUGGCAGACGCAGUCCACGGACGGUGGCAGCUGGUCGUACAAUGAGCACUACGUGCGCUACGACUUCGUCAACAACGCGGACUGCGUCGGCAACGCCUCGGCGAACUUCUCCACCAUGGGCGUCGCGGUCCUGAACUUCACCGCGCCCGUGGCGUCCGAGCUGCUCCUGGACGUGUCCGGGAGGGCGCAGGCUCAUUACGAGCACUGCCACGUCUUCCUUGACGGCGCUCACGUGGCCUCGCUGACCGCAGGCGAAGGCUUUGGAGGGGAAGCAUGCGUCGUCAGCCAGUGCGACAUGUGCAAGGUGUCCGCACGUGCGAAUACCAUCUUCGUGAGCGCGGGCGGCCACUCGAUCGAGGUGCUUGUGAAUUCGUCGGGCCACUUGUACCACAUGGGCGCGUACUUCCAGAUCCAGGUUCGAUCGAUGGAGGCCCACUGCAACAGCUGCAAGUGUGCAGGCACGUGCCUCAACCACGACCAGGCCGCAGUAGAGGUUGCGUCGCGUGCGGGCGAGACGCUCACUGGGUGCAGCGACAGCCAGGUGGGGGAGCUGUGCCAGCACGAGAUCCACGGCAUGGCGAUGCAGCUGGCCUGCCCGCUGGUCUGCGACCAGUGCCCGCCAGCGAACUGCUCCAACUACGACCAGGUGCUCCCGACCGUGCUCAGCGGCGGCUCCCCGGCGCCGUCCGACUGCUCCGACGCUGCAGUCCCGGCGCUGUGCCAGGACCCCACCGACGGGCUCCUUGUCGAGCUGGCGUGCCCGGAGGCCUGCGACGCGUGCGACGCCCAGCCCAUGUGCGAGCCGGACGACCCGUCCCGUCGGCGCUCUGGGAAGAGCUGCACCCAGAUGCGCACAAACGGCCAGAGCAGCUGCAGGAUCGCGUCGCAGUCGCGCCGCCGCUACUACGGGGGGGAGGCCUGGGACUACUGCCAGACCACCUGCGCCGCCUACGUCGGCUGCCAGGUGUCCCCGGGCGCGACGCCGUCACCGACUCCCGGGCCGACGGCCGUGUGCCCGCCCGACGACAGCACGCGCCGGCGUUCGGGCAAGUCCUGCGAGCAGCUAACCACGGACGGCGUGAGCAGCUGCGCCUACGCCAUGACGUCGAGGCGAAGGCAGUACGCGGCCGAGGCCUACGAAUUCUGCAAGACGACCUGCUCCUCGUUCCUUUCCGACUGCCAGGCCGCUGAUGCGUCUACGGUUUCGACAACGCCCCCUCCAGCCGAUUACAUGAGCGGAGACUCGGUGUCUGCAACUGACGAUCCUCACCUGACGAACCUGGCAGGUGAGAAGUUCAACGUGAACCAGCCGGGGGUCUACACCCUCCUUCGUGUACCUCCCGACGCGAAGCAGCCGGCCCGCUUCCAGCUGGAGGCGAACAUCACCGGGGACGGCGAGAAGCCCUGCGGGCUGUACAUCAGGGCGGUCGUCGUGAGCGGCGAGAUGCUCGAGGGCAGGACUUUGCACGUGCGGCCGAUGAUGCGCGACCUCCCGGGCUCGAACACGGCGGGGAGCCUGAUGCAGAACCCGUUCUCGCUCCAGGUGACGUCCCCUGGCCCGUCCCUGGGGCGCUGGAUCUCCGUGGGCGAGUCCGCCGCAGAGGACGUGACUGAAGCCACGAGCGACGGGGUUCAGGUGCGAGCGAUCCGCCGCGAAGCCUUCGGCAAGCGGGUGGAGGCGCAGGCGUUCGAGCUCCGGGUCCACAGGGCCACGCUGGUGGUCUCGCAGGCGUCGCGGCAGGCCCUGAACGUGCAGAUGUCGGGGGUGCCGAGCCUGGCAGCGGGCGGCCAGGUUGGCGGGCUGCUGGGCACGUCGCGCCACGACAAGGCUAUCGAGAAGUUCACCCCUGAGUGCUCCGCGUCCAGGCAGCAGGCGCUGGACAGCUGGAUGGACUCGGUCGAGAUCGGCGAGUCCGCGACGGGCGCCACCGACGCGUAG